UGCACCCAGUGUCGAGAUCAGGGCUCCCCAGCAGCAUGUCUGGAUCGGGCCCAACCAUGUCAUCGCUGGAGCCAGGCCUCACUGGGUCCCUGAACCGGGGCCAAGCCCAGACUCAUGGCACCGGCAGGAGCCCCGUGCCCCUGCAGCACCCUGGUACCCAGGAUCAGACCUACCUGGACGAGCUCAUCAGCAUCCCCAAGGACGACAGGCCCGGUUUCAGCUUUAGGAAACUCUGGGCUUUCACCGGUCCUGGGUUCCUCAUGAGCAUCGCCUACCUGGACCCAGGCAACGUGGAGUCAGACCUGCAGUGUGGGGCGGUGGCAGGGUUCAAGCUGCUGUGGGUGCUGCUGUGGGCCACUGUCCUGGGGCUGCUGUGCCAGCGCCUGGCCAUCCGGCUCGGCGUGGUGACGGGGAAGGACCUGGGCGAGAUCUGCUACCUCUAUUACCCCAAGGUGCCCCGCGUGCUGCUCUGGCUGAUGAUUGAGAUCGCCAUCAUCGGCUCUGACAUGCAGGAGGUGAUCGGGACAGCCAUCGCCUUCAGCCUGCUCUCAGCUGGCCGCAUCCCCCUCUGGGGUGGGGUCCUCAUCACCAUCGUGGACACCCUCUUCUUCCUCUUCCUCGACAAGUACGGGCUCCGCAAACUGGAGGCUUUCUUUGGCUUCCUCAUCACCAUCAUGGCCCUGACCUUUGGCUACGAGUACGUGACGGUGAGGCCAGGGCAGGCGGAGGUGCUGAAGGGCAUUUUCCUGCCCUACUGCCCGGGCUGCGGGCGAGAGGAGCUGCUCCAGGCUGUGGGCAUCGUCGGCGCCAUCAUUAUGCCCCAUAACAUCUUCCUCCACUCCUCCUUGGUCAAGACACGGGCGAUCGACCGGUCCAAGAAGGAGGCGGUGCAGGAGGCCAACAUGUACUUCCUGACCGAAUCCUGCCUGGCCCUCUUCGUCUCCUUCCUCAUUAACCUCUUUGUCAUGGCUGUCUUUGGCGAGGCUUUCUACCACCAGCGAAACGAGGACGUGCACAACAAGUGCGUCAACAGCAGCAUCAGCCACUACGCCGGCAUCUUCCCCACCAACAACGAGACGGUCUCUGUGGAUAUCUACCAGGGGGGCGUCAUUCUGGGCUGCUAUUUUGGGGUGGCGGCGCUGUACAUCUGGGCCAUCGGGAUCCUGGCAGCGGGACAGAGCUCCACGAUGACCGGGACCUACGCAGGGCAGUUCGUCAUGGAGGGCUUCCUGCAGCUCCGCUGGUCCCGUUUUGCCCGGGUGCUCUUCACCCGCUCCUUUGCCAUCCUGCCCACUGUCUUUGUGGCCAUCUUCAAGGACGUCAGCCACCUCACAGGCAUGAAUGACCUGCUGAACGUCCUCCAGAGCAUCCUGCUGCCCUUUGCCGUCCUCCCCGUCCUCACCUUUACCAGCCUGCGCCCACUCAUGCAGGACUUCACCAACGGCCUGGCAGCUGGAGUGGGACAGAUCCCGUCACUGCCCUCUCCAUUCUCAUCCCGACGCCACGUCUGCCUGGGGAAGGUGGUGAUGACCCUCAUCACGGGGCUGGUCUGCGCCAUCAACAUCUACUUCGUGGUGGACUUCCUGCCCACGCUGCGGGGCCUGGGGUACUACAUCCCCCUGGGCCUGCUCCUGGCCGCCUACGUGGCCUUCGUCGCCUACCUGAUCUGGACGUGCAGCAUCGCACAUGGAGCCUGGUUCCUGGACCUGGGCCACCACAGCCGGUUCAGCUUUGGCGUCUCCCUUGACCCACCAGCCCUGGCUGGGACUCGGUGACAAACCCUGUCCCCUGAUACCGUGUCCUCCCCCCCCCCCCCGCCCAGCACGGCCCCCCUGUAUCGAGCACCAGUUUGAUGCCACACCGAGCCUGGGGGUGAUGUUGUGGUGAGAGAUGCACCCAGCAAGGAAGUGGUUAACAGCCAUGCAGACCUCCCCCCAAAUUUUAAGAGCCCCGCCAAUUCGGGGGGGCUGGUCCAGGCUGGAUGCGGGGUGGGGGGGAGCAGCGGUAGAUGCCCCCAGCCCUUGGCACAGAGG